AUGAGUGAACAAAGUAUUAUUGGUGCCCGGGCCUCGGUCAUGGUGUACGACGAUGUGCAGCGGAAGUGGAUACCGUCCGGCAGUUCGUCCGGUCUGAGCAAGGUGCAAAUCUUCCACCAUCAGCAAAACAACACGUUCCGCGUCGUUGGCCGGAAGCUGCAGGAUCAUGAGGUCGUCAUUAACUGCUCGAUCAUCAAGGGCCUCAAGUAUAAUCAGGCCACCGCAACGUUCCACCAGUGGCGCGAUUCCAAGUUCGUGUACGGUUUAAACUUUUCUAGCCCGAUGGAUGCGGAAGCGUUUGCCCGUGCCAUGAUGCACGCCCUCGAUGUUUUGAGUGGACGGGUUCCACCCUCGGCGACCAUGCAAACGACCAAUCCAAACCCGAGCCAGAUGGCUGCGGCAUACGAGGAGGACAUGGGCUAUCGUACGAUGACCCGUGAAGAUGCGGCCAUCAUGCAGCAGCAGCAGCAGAUGACUAGUCAACCGCCGGGUGUCGGUCCUCCACAGCAACCACCCAACUCCAUACCGGGUCCGGGCGGUGGCAUACUGUCCCCCCAGACGCCUACAUCUCAAACGCUGCCAUCACAAGCCACACAGCAGCAGCAGCAGCAGCAGCAACAACAACAACAGACGCAUCAUCGUACAAACAGUGCACCACCGGUCCCGCCAGCGUUACCGACACAGCAGCAACAGCAGCAGCAGGCAUCGCAGCAGGUACAGCAGCAGCAACAGAAACCGAUCUAUGCAUCACAGCAGAGCAACAGCAGUACCAACAGUAUUACCUAUGGAAACAAUUCGCAACAGUAUCCGCAGCCAAUCUACGUAGCAUCGAAUCAAAACCAUCAAAUGCUGAAUCAGUCGGUGUUGCCACCGCAACCUCCACAGCAACCACCGCCGCCCCAGCAGCAACAGCAGAUACCGUCGAACCUGUCGAACGGUUCGAUUUACGCGACGGCCACGUGCUCCCCGAGUGCGACCAACAGCAAUCCAUCGAAUCCGAUCUACGCCGGCCAGCAGCAGCUAGUGUCGCAACAACAGUCGCAGUCGGCGCCACCGCCACCACCGAUGAUGAUGCCACCGAAUGGUUACGGACCGCCGAAUGGUGUCGGUGGUCCGUACGGUACCGGACAACCACAGUACGGUAUCAUUCCACCGGUUCCUCAGAUGCCAAUGCAACCACUACCACAGCAACCCCAAUCACAGAUGCAACAGACGAACGCCGCUCCUCCACCACCGCCAAUGAUGCCGCCAAUGUUCCCCAUGUCUGCACCAUCCAACAUACCACAGCCUCCAGCACCACCCAUGCCACCAAAUCUGAAUAAUGCGGCUGCCCCGCCACCACCGCCACCGCCACCCGGUAUGCUUUCCUCGAAACCGGGUGAAAUAAAUUCCUUGGCCCUCCAGCUGGCCAGUGCCAAACUGAAACGCAGCCAACCACCAACCAAAGGCUCAGUCGGCGGUGGUGCGGGCAAUGCGGGCGUAUCAUCUACCGCCACGCUAACUUCCGCCACCAGCGGCAACAAUGUCGCGUCGUCCACCGUGACGGAAAACAGUGGCAGCAGUACAUCGAGCGGAGGUAGUGGUAAUUAUGGAACCAUAGGACGAUCGUCAUCCGGUAUGGCAUCGAUGAUGGAUGAAAUGGCAAAGACUCUUGCUAGGCGUCGAGCGCAGGCAGAAAAGAAGGAGCCGGACUCCAACGACGAUGGCGGUGCCGGAGGAUCCGGAGGACGCCAGCGGGCCUGGGAAAAAUCAAGCACACUACCGCACAAACUAGGCAGCAACAAUGCUGGUGGAGGCGGAGGAAGCAAUUCUGGUGCCGGUGGUGCUAGUUUGAGCGGUUCAGAAUCACCAAAACCGUCGCGGAAGCGUUUCGGCAGUGCCAGCGAGGAAACGAUACUGAAGCAGAUUAAUGGCGGUGACAGUUUCUCCCUUCCGACUGCGGUCGAGUUCGACAAUCUGAAGGAGGAAAUAUUGCGCGAAAUGCGCAAUGAGCUUGCGAAAGCAAAGCAAGAAAUAAUAGAAGUUAUCAAAUCCGAAUUCAACCGCAGGUAAACACACG